UUGUAGUUUAAUGCAACUUUUUCUGCACAAGAGAUAGUUCGAUGCUAGCGGCUACUAACUUUUCUUCUCUGCAGAGACGCUUUGCUAGUGAUCAGACCAGGAAGGCAUACACAGCAUUGAACGAGCAGUUCGAUGCGUACACCGGGGUCAUCUGGCAGCCUUACACGGAAGCAGCCAUACAAGCGAGAUACCCUGCUGGUAUGUCUGUGCUAUGCACAAGGGACCGAGAUUACUGGAUGAGAAAAUCUAAGAUCAUCUUCGAUGUCUUCGUCGAGGAGAUGGCACAACAGAGGGUUAUGAGGCAAUUUGGUCUUCUGCAGUUGGAGCUACCUCCCCCUAUAGAGAACCCGGUGCCAGCACACAUCCACAGGCUACCUUGACACGCGAACUCUACGACGACGUGACCACCUUUGGACGAUCACUAUCGUCUGGACCUCUUCUUCAGCAUCGUCCAGUGGUACAGCCCUUCUUGGAACGAAUUCAGCAUAAGAUACGGACUGUGUACGAGGCUAUCACGUGCACCCGGAGAACCGAUGUUGUUCAGCACCAGCAGGAGCAG